AUGUCCAACAGCAGCUCCAUCAGCCACUUCCUCCUGCUGCCAUUGGCAGACACGCGGCAGCUGCAGCUCCUGCACUUCUGCCUCUUCCUGGCCAUCUCCCUGGCUGCCCUCCUGGGCAACGGCCUCAUCAUCAGCGCCGUAGCCUGCGGCCACCACCUGCACACCCCCAUGUUCUUCUUCCUGCUCAACCUGGCCCUCACUGACCUGGGCUUCAUCUGCACCACUGUCCCCAAAGCCAUGCACAAUUCCCUCUGGAACACCAGGAACAUCUCCUACUCAGGAUGUGCUGCACAAGUUUUCUUCUUUCUUUUCUUUAUGUCAGCAGAGUAUUUCAUCCUGACCGUCAUGUGCUACGACCGCUACGUGUCCAUCUGCAAACCCCUGCACUACGGGACCCUCCUGGGCAGCAGAGCUUGUGCCCACAUGGCAGCAGCUGCCUGGGCCAGUGGCUUCUUCACUGCUCUGCUGCACACGGCCAAUACAUUUUCCCUACCCCUAUGCCAGGGCAAUGCCCUGAGCCAGUUCCUCUGUGAGAUCCCACAGAUUCUCAAGCUCUCCUGCUCAAACUUCAAACUCAGGGAACUUGGACUCAUUGCAACUUCAACCUGUUUAUGUUUUGGUAGUUUUGUGUUCAUUGCUUUCUCCUAUGUGCAGAUCUUCAGGGCCGUGCUAAGGAUCCCCUCUGAGCAGGGACAGUACAAAGUCUUUUCCACCUGCCUCCCUCACCUGGCUAUGGUCUCCCCGUUCCUCAGUACUGCAGUUUUUUCUCACUUGAAGCCCCUGUCCAUUUCUUCUCCAUCCCUGGAUCUGACAUUGUCAGUUCUGUACUCGGUAAUGUCUCCUGCCCUGAACCCCUUCAUCUACAGCCUGAGGAACCAGGAGCUCAGGGCUGCAGUGUGGACACUGAAGACUGGAUGGUAUCAGGAGCAUUAA